UCAGAACAGUAACUUUUAUGGUGGAUGAUCUUCAUAGUGGUUCCCACUGUUUUCAUGGCAAUGAUGUCAUACGAAAGUUGCAUGCUGGCGGAAAAUACGGUGCAGUAGCAAAAGUAGUGGUACCGUGCCGGUACGUGAACAGUACUCAGCCUCUCAAAACAGCUAAGUUCGAGGGUAUUUUCUCCCUCGCUCUUUUGAAGGGAAAGAGUGAAAAAAUGGGAGCCUGUAUUCUCACAUCUUCGACAAUUCACCGCUUCAAUCUCCUUCUCAGAGUUUCCUUCUCUCACGCCCAGAAAGCUUUCUCAAUUCCUUCCAGACAAUUACCAAAAUGCCCUUCUCCUUCUCUCCCUCCUUUAAUUCUCUCCUUCAGGUCCUUUUCGACCGCCUCUUCUGCUGCUACUGCUGCUGCUCCUUCCAAUCCCCAAAAAUGUCGUAGCCAAGCUUCUGGCCGAGAUUUCGGAUCCGGAGACGAUCUGCUCGUUCUUGGCAUUGAGACGAGCUGCGACGACACCGCCGCAGCUGUUGUUAGAGGCAACGGUGAGAUUCUAAGCCAAGUCGUGUCUUCUCAGGCGGAUUUGCUUUCACAAUAUGGAGGUGUUGCUCCAAAAAUGGCAGAAGAAGCUCACUCUCAAGUGAUUGACGAGGUAGUUCAACAGGCACUCGACAAUGCAAAUUUGACAGAGAGGGAUCUUUCUGCAGUUGCUGUUACCAUUGGUCCGGGUUUGAGUCUUUGCCUACGUGUUGGCGUGCAGAAAGCUCGAAGAACAGCUGGGAAAUUCAACUUGCCAAUCAUUGGAAUUCAUCACAUGGAAGCACAUGCUCUUGUUGCUAGGCUAAUUGAGAGAGAUCUGCAAUUCCCGUUCUUGGCUCUUCUAAUUUCAGGAGGACACAAUCUCCUUAUUCUCGCACAUGAUCUUGGUCAAUAUGUACAACUCGGGACUACAAUAGAUGAUGCAAUUGGUGAGGCAUAUGACAAAACAGCAAGAUGGCUUGGCCUUGACAUGAGAAAAGGUGGUGGCCCAGCUCUAGAAGAGCUUGCUCGGGAAGGUGAUUCACAUUCCAUCAAAUUCUCGACCCCAAUGCAACAACACAAGGAUUGCAAUUUUUCAUAUGCUGGUCUGAAGACUCAAGUGAGACUGGCAAUUGAAUCUAAAAAUAUAAACAGAGAGAAUCUCAUCUCUUCUGCAGAUUUUCAGGACAGAAGUUCACGAGCGGAUAUUGCUGCCUCUUUCCAGCGAGUUGCAGUAUUACAUUUAGAGGAAAGGUGUCAGCGAGCGAUUGAAUGGGCGUUGAAGAUGGAACCUUCCAUUAAAUGUUUGGUGGUUUCAGGAGGCGUUGCAUCAAAUCAGUAUGUCAGGACUCGUCUUGAUCAUGUAGUAAAGAAGAAUGGCCUGCGACUCGUUUGCCCUCCUCCAAAACUUUGUACCGACAAUGGUGUAAUGGUUGCUUGGACUGGGAUUGAGCACUUCCGUUUGGGAAGAUUCGACCCUCCACCUCCUGCUUAUGAACCAGAAGAUUUCAUGUUUGAUUUGAGACCAAGAUGGCCACUGGGGGAGGAAUACGCUGAAGGAAGAAGCCAAGCCCGUUCACUAAGAAGAGCCCGUAUGCAUCCAUCUCUGACGGCCAUCAUUCAAGCUUCUCAACAGUUUUUGUAGCAGCCGAUGUCUAUAAUGCUUACCACUCCCCAAAACAGAGGCUGUGAUAGAGGUUAUCCUCUUAGCAUAUAGCUCUCUCAGAGGUAAGUUUCCAUGCUGGAGGCUUGGGCUUUAAUACUAGGCGCUGUAACAAGGUGUCAUAUAACACUGUCAAUUCCAUGUUAGUCAUCUACAAAAUAAUGAUGUUGAUGAUGAGAAGUGAUGACAUACAGUCCUUUCCCCAAUGGCGUUUCAUGUGAAGGACGUCUAAUCAAUGCAAGAGGCGGGCCCCAUUAUGAAGAUCACCUUCCCAGAAAAAAAUAAAAUAAAAUCAGGUUGAUCUGCUAAUUACCUGUGGGACACCUGCAUGUGAGUCACACCAGUUGUGCAUUGAUUUUGGUUGUAUACUGCUUAAUGGGUGGAUCAGCCUGAUGUUUGGCGAGGCAAUCUUCACAGUGGGCCCUACCUUUUGCACAUUUGGAGUCCACACUGCCAUAGACACAUGUCACUUUGGUGGGAAAGACGGGGGCUGUAUGUGAAGUUUGCAUCAAUGGGCUGUAACCUAUAUGUGAUCAUUCUGCAAACGUGAGAUGUGCUUUGGGAAGAUUUGGGACCACAACCAGGAGACCCCAAGAAGGAUGUGAAAAUCUAUAUGGGCUUGUGGCAACUACCAUCUUUAUAUGACCAUUUGAUUUCUUAUUACUUA